AUGGAAAUAAUUGACUUUGAGUCAAUAGAGCAGCAAAAGGAGAAUAUCGAACCUCUGAACGAGGGUCGUUCUGCUGCGGCAUUGAAAGGUUUAUUUUCCGUUCCCCUUGGUGACUUGAAAAAACAACAGCUUGAUGAAAGAUCAAAAAUUGAAGCGGAACUUGAAAGUUUAGAGGAGCUAGAUGACCCAAUACAACCAUACUUGGACUAUAUACAGUGGAUCAAAACGAAUUACCCAACCGGGAAGUCAGUUGAAAGUGGUUUGAUUCAAGUGCUAGAAAGAUGUACAUCUCAAUUUAGAGAUUACGAUUUUUAUAAAAAUGACCCAAGAUAUUUGAAGGUUUGGCUGACUUAUGCUAAAUACUCAGAUAAUCCUCGUGAUAUUUUUGUCUACCUUGCUAGAAAAGAAAUUGGAACUUCAUUAGCGCUAUACUAUGAGGAGUAUGCAAAUUUUUUGGAAACCAACGGCAGAUUUGCUCAAGCUGAACAGGUUUAUCAAGAAGGUUUAUCUGUCAAAGCUAGACCUCUAGCAAGGUUUCAAAGAAGAUUCGAUGAGUUCAAAAUAAGGUUUCAACAUAGACCAGUAUCAGAGAAUAUAGAACCAAGCUCACCAGUUUUCCCAGUUAGAUCUGCCUUAUCCCUGAAAAGUGGUACACUAUUUGCUUCUCAUGAUACGGCUCGGCCACAAAAGAAAAGACUUGAGAUAUUCAAUGAUACGGAAGCUGAUAAUGGAAUAAGGCAAGAUGGAUGGGAUAUUUUGGGAUCAAACAAGUUUAGAAACAAGGAAAAUAUACUUGAAGCAAAACCCUGGGCUGGUGAAGUUUUAAGACAAGAUAAUGUGAAAAAGACAAACUGCAACAAAGUUUCAGUGUUUCAAGAUGGUAAUGACUACCCUAGUGGUCCAGUAUACAAAAUAAUAGAGAUACCGGGGAAAAAGCCUGAAAAAAUUGAUUUGAAUUUUGAUUUGAUAUACCAAGAAGGAGAAGAAUUAUGUAUUCAAGAAGUUUUGGCACGUUUGAGAGGCCUGAACAAACAAAAUGAGACAAACUUUUCAACAGCAUUAUCAACACCUGUUAUGACAUCUCUUAUAGACGAGAAGAAAGCAACUACUGUUGAUUCCACCAUUCACUUAAAUAAAAAUGAUCUGAAAAGACCAUCCUCACCAACAGCUACCUUUUUCACCAAUGCUGCUAAAAAUGAGGUUUAUUCAAUGUUCAAUCAAAAUCCAGUCAAAGAAAAACAAUCACAAAAGGAAGAAGACGAAGAAGAACUUAUAUAUGAUGAUUAUACUGAACAGCUAACACGCCCAAAUAUGAACGACUUGACUGAGAGAAUGGUGGAUGUUGGAUUACAACAGAACGAUGAUUUAAACAACACAGAAGGAAGGAAUGAUACUGAAAUUUCAAAUGAUGCUCAUGCUAUUGAUUUUCCAACAGUUGACCCUGCUGAUGAAUCCCUCAAAGCUGCCUUGCUAAAAGAGAUAAUGCCACCUCUCAGCUCUUAUUUCGGACUUUUUGAGUAUAAUGAAACUUUAGAGAUGUGUUCAACUUUGAAAAAGUCGCUCAACAAUAAGCUGUCAAAACAUGUGUUUUUGAAUCUCAAAGGCUCAGAAAGUACAUUCAACCUGAGAUCCCUUUUGGGAGAAGGUGGAUUUGCCUCAGUUUAUUUGGCUGAAAGUAUGAAUGGCCAAUUGAAAGCAAUCAAAGCGCAAAAACCAUCAAGUGCUUGGGAGUUUUACAUAUUAAAACAAAUAGAACAAAGAUUGAAAGGAAAAGAUAUCCUUGACUCCAUAAUAAUGAGUGAAGAGAUCCAUUUGUUUCGCGAUGAAAGUUAUUUGGUUUUAGAAUAUGAAAAACAAGGUACAAUACUUGAUAUUGUCAAUCUGUACAGGUCUACAGGUAGAAAUGUUGAUGAAGUGUUGGCUAUAUUUCUGACAAUUGAGCUAUUGAAGGUAAUUGAAGCAAUUCAUAACAUAGGUAUCAUGCAUGGUGAUUUGAAACCAGAUAAUUGUAUGUUAAGGUUAGAAAAUUGCGAAGUUGGUACAUAUAAAAGAAACGGUGGCAAUAGUUGGUCAAAGAAAGGUAUUAAACUAAUUGACUUCGGGAGAUCCAUAGAUAUGUCUCUAUUUCCUCCAAAUAUUAGAUUUAAAUCACAUUGGAAGACUGAUAACCAAGAUUGCCCAGAAAUGAGAAAUGACCAACUUUGGACGUACCAAGCAGAUUACUAUGGUGUUGCCGGGAUAAUUCAUUCAAUGCUUUACGGGAGCUUCAUUGAAACAGUUCUUGUAAAUGGAAAGUACAAGAUCUCAAAUCCUAUGAAGAGAUACUGGCACCAUGAGCUUUGGAAUCCAUUGUUUGAUAUAUUGAUUAAUUCUGCCGAUUACGGGAAUCUUCCAAUAACUAAUAAAUUGAAAGAGGAGAGAGAGCGUCUCGAAAGCUGGCUUGAAGUAAAUGGAUCUUCAUUGAAUGGGAUAAUAAGAGACAUCGAAACCGGGCUUAAGUGA